UGCAAUACGAUAUCCAGCAGCCAAACAAGCUCGACGACCAUCGUAUAACGCAUAUACGCAAAACCCCUAUACUAAGAUGAACUGCACCGUCACAACACUCGCGGGCAUCACUAGCCCGGCCAAUCCGUGGCAGCCUGCCAACCUGAUCGUGAACAUCCUUCUCGGCACGCUCGGCAUUACCAUCGCGAGCAUACAGCUCCUACUUCAGUACCAGACGUUCCGGGACUCUCGCUGUAAGUGUUCUAUUGGCCUGAAGGACUGGAUGUAGACUGAUCAGACUAUUCAGCGGCUAGCAAGGUUGCCGAUGCGCGUCAAGUUGCGGGCUUCACCAAUCCGUAGGCAACUCCUGUCGAAUGAGUUUGCGGUCGCAGCAGAGGAUGGAUAUAUUGUGUUGGUGGAUGGGAUUGGCUAAGAC